AUGCGCUUCAUGACCAUCACCCUCCUCUCUUUGGCUUUGCCUUCAGCGCUGGCGCUGCCCACUCUUAACACGCGGGCUGCUGCUCGUACAUUUGCUGAACUUACCAUCAGCAACGGCACAGCAGGCAACGCCCUAGCCGAAGCAACCGCCAAAUUUCCUGUCCCCGCGGACCUCGCCUCCGUCCCCUCCGCCGACUUGAAGACCUUGCAAGCAGAGCGCGUCACAGCCGAGGACGCAGAAACGAAAGCUUUUAACCCAGCUAUUAAGGCUGCAACGGAUAGCGCCACCAAAACUGCACUUCAAAACGGCAAGAUCAAGAACAAGGUCCUCAAAUUGUUUGCCGAGGUCCAAGCGCUUCAGAUCCAGAAGGCACAGGGUGCCAAUAAUCAGGCCAAGAUUGAUCAGGAGACUACCAAGUUGAAUAAUAAUAUUGCUUUGGACAAGAAGGCUGCAGGUCAGGCGGCGCAGACCGUUACUUUCACUGGGAAGUAG